AUGAACGGCAUGCCAAAGAGCUUCGACACGACGAUCGCGUCGCCGAAUCGGACGUCGUUCCUCAUCGAGGACAUACUCUACAGGCAGAAGAACGACGCCGGGGACGCGGCCGACAAGGGUUACGGCGACGCCGGCUACGACGCCAAGAUCAAGCUGGAGACGGAGAAGGUGUUCACGCAGCCCAAGGUGGCGGAGAAACGUGCGGACAAGGGGUACAUGUACUUUCAGCCGAACGUGGUGCAGGGUGGUUGUGGUGUGCAGGAGUUCAGGCAGCCGGAGAACGGUUAUAUACAGGUGAUGGGGGCGAUCGGUGCGUACCUCGGUACGCCUUACAAAAGCAUGACCGAUCCGUAUUUUUUGUCGCAAGGAAUACCGUUCCACCCCGCCCUGUUCGGCGGCUCGACGGCCGACAUCUCGCUGAACGCCCUCAAGCACUGUCGCAGGAGGAAGGCGAGGACGGUGUUCAGCGAUCCGCAGCUGACCGGUUUGGAGAAGCGAUUUUCGGCACAGCGGUACCUGUCGACGCCCGAACGGGUCGAACUGGCGAGUGCCUUAAGCCUGAGCGAGACGCAGGUCAAGACGUGGUUCCAAAACAGACGGAUGAAGCACAAGAAGCAGAUGAGGAAGAUGCAGGACGACAAGUCGAGCACGUCGCAGUCGCUGAAGAUGGCCACGUCCGCGGAGAAGACCGGCGAUGAAGCCAUCGAUGGAAGAACGGUGGAGGCGCGUUCGGCACAUUCAAACACAAUUUCGGACAUGAGCGACUGCGAAAGCGACAUUGACAUCGUCGGUGACACCAAACAGCUCGGAUUUCCUUACAAGGGUGCUUAAUUUUGCUCAACUCAACUUGUCAUCACACUUUUUUGUACAUAAAACACAGUUUUGUCUCAUAGGGUAAUAAUUUAGAGAAAAACAACAUUAAUUAUUGUUAAACGGUGUUGAUUUUAUUUUAGGUUGUUUAUUAAUUGUACCAUAAAUAUUGUAUAUAGAAUGUAUA